AUGGCUGGAGUUUAAAUGCAAGGAAUGAAUGGUAUGACACCCUUCUAAUAACCAAUGAUGUAUGGAGGAGGAAUGAUGAAUCCUGGAUUUGUUCAGAUGAUGCCUAGCAUGUAUUACCCAAUGAUGAUGCCUGGAAUGAAUUAAAUGGGAAUGAUGCCAAUGAAUAAUUCUGACCCUAAUCUCCCUCCCUAUACUAAUAAUUAAAUCUCAACUUAUGGAGCAGGAAAUAUGCCUAAAAGUUACAGCUAGUAGCAAUUCAAUACAAUAGAUAAUAGGAAAGAUGACCAUUAUAUUAGCCUGAAAAAUAAAAAGCAAGUGGGAUUCACAGAUAAAAAGAAUGUUCAUAAUAGACACAACACUCUUUAGCCCUAUGGAAGAGACUAUGACGAUGAAUUAGAAAACUAAAUGUACAAUAAACCUUAGAGAAAAUUCUGGACUUUUGAAGAUUUUAAAGAGCAUACACUACCGAAACUUUAACUCAGGAAAAUAGUCAAGAUUUAAGCAUUACUAAGAGGUGCAUUUGUAAGGAAAAGACGCUGGCCUAAAUUAGUUUUAUGGCACUAAGGUUCCGUGCGUUACACAGAUUCACUUAUAGAUCAUUAUAUCGAAGAUAUAUUCAUACCUGAUCUAGUUCUCGAAAUACUUACAAAGAACAGAGUAUAUGAAAAUGUAGAUCUGUAUUCAGAUGAAAACAAGAUCCUCUAUUAGAUUAGAGCUGAUAUGAUCGAGAAAGUUGUCAGGUAAAUGACAAAGGAAACUGUCAAAGUAGCAUAGGAUCAGAUAGUUAAUGAGUAUUUGAAUAAGCGUUUCCGGACUAAGACUAUUGAUGAAUAGGAUCCAAUGCGCAGGGUUGUGACUGAGAUGAUGGAUAAAGUUAUGAAAUCAAUUACUAGAGAUAUAGCAAAGGAAAGACUAGGGAAUGUAGUUUUCGACUAUCUAAUUGAAGCACAAUUUAUUGGGUUUUUCAAUAAUUACUAUAUAAGAAGAGAGGUAGAGCAUACAGUAAAAGAUGCUAUCGAAGAUUUAGCAGUUGGCGAAGUUAUUGAAGAUUUGUGUGAUAGAAUUAUACUUGAAGCAGUUCCUAUAAUAGCAUAGGGUGAACUGAAUGCUGAAAUUAAGAGACAGGACAAAAUGGAAAUUAAUUAUGCUUUUGGAGAGUAUCUUGAUAGAUGUGUUCUUGAAAUUAUUAUUCAAAACUUGUCUAAGCUAUAUGAAGAUGAAGAUAGAGAAAUAAACAUCAGAGAGUAAACUGACAAACGAAGAAGGGAUGAAAUAAGGUCAAAGUCUUAGGCAGCAAAGAUAGAAGACGAUGAAUUUGAGAGAAUGACAUAGAUGAAUAGAUCCUUAAGGUCUAGAUAAUAGUCUGCUGCAUCAAGAAGGUCUUAUAAUUCUUAGCUAGGUGCUUAUAAUAUGGGUAAUCCAAAUGUGAGAGACAGGUAUAAAGCAGACUAUCCAGGAGGAGACCCAGACUUUAAUCAAUCAUAAGUUCAAUAAUAGUAGUAAUAGUAGUAGGAAUAAGUAUAACCAGAGCCGUAGCCUGUAGUUGUAGAAGAAAAGAAAGAAGAACCAAAGAAAAGUGGUGGAUUUUUCGGUCUAUUUAAAAAGAAGAAAUGA